CUGUGUCAAGAGGGGAUAAGAUUGAGCACAUAUGCAUCACUGACCUACUCCCUUUUGGCAAUGCCCUGCCAAUGCCUUCUUGCUUCGUUGCAACGUGUGCUGGCCUUGGUUGCUUCACCACUGCGUGUAGAGAGCUAUAUAUUAAUGUGUUAUCCCCCGCGCCCUUUUCGCAUCCACGUAUUCGGGUAUAAAUGUAUUCGGGCAUAAACCCGACGACACACUCAGAAUCCCCCUUGCUGUGGCGGAAUAGUUCAAGGACGAUCGACCACACGGAUACCCUUCCUUACGGCCUUUCCUGUCUCGAAAGUCUCGUGAGCGUUCGCUGGCACCAAAGUGAAUAGUCAUUGAGUGGCGACUGUUUGAUCGCAAAUAGGACGGGCCUUAUCUGCCCGGCUUGCCUGACUUGAGAGAGGGUCUGCAUCAUGGCUGCCACGCUCCCACGUCCGGCUGCCCUGCCGCAUUCCAGCGGGUGGCAGUCGUGUUCAGCUUCAGAUCGUUUUUCACUUGAGACUGUCUCCUCUUCGCCAGCACCAUCAACCACUAGCGGCAAUAACACCACGGCGGAAAGCUUCCCCAGCACUACGCCCACCAAUAACCCGAACCCGUCUACACCAAGUGGGACCGAAUCACCACCACCACCAAACCAACACCAGCAGCAGCAUGUCGGUUCCAACAUGUCGCAAAGCGUCGUCUUGGUCCAUUCAAGAGGGCUGCAGUAUAACCGUCCAGUUCCGACAUCGAUGCAAGAUAUUACCUGGUAUCCGAUGCAAGAGUCACCGCAAUCUGAAGACGGUGUGACGAGGUCUUCCCCCGAGAUGCUCGUAGCCGUAUGGCCGACAACAACAACAACAGCAACAACAUCAACAAGGACAACAUCAGCAACAGAUGGGCGCAGCCGACAACCAUCUCAGAAUGUCAGCAUCAGCGCGUCCGCCGAGACACCCUUCAUCCACAUCCCGCGAUGCAAGCUUUCCAUCACUGAUUUUGACGACGUUCGCCAACCGUUACCUGCAGCAGGAAGAGGUCCCUAUCCGGGACACGGAAGCAUCAAGAUCGAGCAGGUUGCUCUGCCGCGAGCCGUAGUGCAGCAAUUCCUCUCUGGCAUCCGCCUGCCCAACGAGCUUGCUGGUGGAGUGGACGUUGACGUCGCCUUUCCCCGCCACUUUGAUGACGACGAUGAGUGGGUGCAGUCGCGGUGCAUCUUGUCAGACUUUUCCGAGCUGGACGAGGAAGAGGCGGCUCGGCUGUCCAGCGAGGGGAGGUUGUGCUGCUGGGGAAGCAUCAUAUUGAUGAGGGAUGGAGAGCAUGGAUGGGACCUGGGAUUCGUGGUGCACCGAGUGUUGACUUGUGGAUGCGGUGGUCGAUGACGGGUCAUCACCCAUUGUCACUUCCGCCGACAGUACACACUUUUCACGGUACACGUAGCAUCCCAUCAUAUUGACCGUGUCGAUUCCGGGAAUUUGGCGGUUUGUUGCUCUUUCCUUCUGGGUCAACAGGACAAGGUGUUGGAGGAGUCCGUGGUCUCUCAAAAAGACGGCGUGAAGGCGAACUUGUAUGGGAGGGGCGGGUGCCUAGCGUAACCACGCAUCACUGUACACUAUUCACAUAAUGUCUGUAAUUGAUCCCCAUGCCAGGCGCAUUAGUCAUUUUGAAGGGCUUGAAGCACUGGAGCGUUGGGGGGUCUUGGAUCGAGGAGGGGAGUUGUAGUGUACCUUUUUUUAAAAAAAAAAAAAUUAAAUAAAAAAAAUUCUUAUAAAAAAUAGAAGGAAGGUAGGAAAGAACAGGAAAGAAAAGGUUCAGUACAGGGCUGCGAUUGGCUGGUGUUAUCCGUGUUAGCUGUGACCAACCAAAGGAGCAGGAACAGAUUUCUGCCCCGGUUACAAGGUAAAGCGGUCAACAUAGAAGGUAGGUACAUAGGUAUGCUGUGGUCAGCGUCGUUGUGUUUGUGCCCAACAAUUCCUUCCCAGUUGGAUCUCGAUUCCUUGAAGGCCCAACAUCGUGAACGAACGAGCCAAUCGGGCAUAUAUUGGACAUGCUGCAAGACUGUUCGAGAUUGGAACAGAAAAAACCAUCAUGAUGUCUUGGAGGAAGGCCGAAUUGCGUGCAGAUUGAGGCUAGACCUGACGGAACGCGGUCUUUGUCGUGACCAAGAGAGGGUAAGAAUGCAGGGUUCGAUAGAGGCACGUUGUUAAGGGUUGUCACAAGCGCAGCAUACCGCUGAUCGCUCAAAUGCUCGCUGAAUUUACCUAUGUGAACAUGAUGUUUCCUGCCGUCCUACGCCCGAAGAAAAC